AUAAAAAAGGGAAAAAAAUGAUGUUAGUAUUUUGGUCACUUUAAUAUAAAUAAAAAUAAGAAUGGUAGUUAGGUUGUGAUUAUCAAAAAUCAAGAGACGUAUCAAGCAUGAUUUAGCCCUCCAGACUUCAUUAAUAAAUAUCAAUGACCUAAAGAAACUCAUAACAUAAAAGGUUUCUCAAUAUGGCCUCAACUUCUCUAAGAAGGCUCGAAGGGAAAGUAGCCCUAAUAACUGGUGGCGCUAGUGGCAUCGGAGAGGCCACCGCCCGAUUGUUUUCCUGCCACGGAGCCAAGGUUGUUAUCGCUGACAUCCAAGACGAAUUAGCCCGCGACAUCUGCAAAGACUUACUAUCUCCGGCCACGUUCGUCCACUGCGACGUGACCAAAGAAUCCGACGUCGAGAGCGCGGUCAACGCAGCGCUCUCGACUUACGGGGAGCUAGACAUCAUGAUAAACAACGCCGGCAUCGGCGGAUCCGCCCAAUCCAAGAUCGCAGAGACACAACUCUCGGAAUUCAAGCGCGUGGUGGAGGUGAACCUCGUGGGCGCGUUCCUGGGGACGAAGCACGCGGCGCGCGUGAUGAUCCCGCGGCGCCGGAGCGGGAGCAUCAUCACGACCGCGAGCGUGUGCUCUGUGAUGGGUGGCGUUUCCACGCACGCCUACACCAGCUCGAAGCACGGGGUGGUGGGGCUGAUGAGGAACGUCGCCGUGGAGCUCGGGGCCCACGGGGUGCGCGUGAACUGCGUAUCACCGUAUAUUAUGGAGACGGCGAUGACGGCGGGGCUCGGGAGGGAUUGGAUCAGACAAUGUUAUAGCAACUUAAAGGGAGUGAGUUUGAUGGCGGGAGAUGUGGCGGAGGCGGCUCUCUAUCUGGCGAGUGAUGAAUCCAAGUAUGUGAGUGGGCAUAACCUUAUGGUUGAUGGAGGGAUUUCUGUCAUGAAUAACGGCUUCAAUCUGUACGAUAUUGGCGCCUAAUAUCACAAAACUUUUUAAAAAUUUAUUUUUUCCAUGAGCUUUGAAGUUGGCAUAUAGUAUCAGGAACUUAAAUAGUUGUUGAAUUUUUUCCAUUAACGACAAAAUUCGACUACAUUUCAUUUAUUA